AUGCGAAUUCUACAAGACCGACUCGCAAGGUCCGCCGACUACUUUGUCAUUACGAAUCAUCGUAAGAGAAAGAACAAGGAAGUGGAAGACAAGCCAAAGAAGCCGACCAAGAAAUACUCGCGCAUCUACGAGUUUAACGACAGCGAGGACGCGAUCAAGAUGAUCACCUUGCUGGAAAAAGAUUCAGAGAACAAGAUUGCACCACUACGCGUCAAGGUGCGGAUUUAA